GUCCUACAUUGCCUCGACAGAAUUCACAGCUUCCCUCUCAAGUACAAAAUGGUCCAUCACAAGAAGAAUUGGAAAUCCAGAGAAGACAGUUGCAAGAGCAACAGAGGCAGAAGGAGCUGGAACGGGAGAGGCUGGAUCGUGAACGAAUGGAACGGGAGAGGCUGGAGAGAGAGAGGCUAGAAAGGGAAAGACUUGAAAGAGAGCGCCUAGAACAGGAGCAACUGGAGAGAGAACGGCAAGAAAGGGAACGGCAAGAGCGCCUAGAAAGGGAGAGACAAGAGAAGGAGAGGCAGGAUCGAGAAAGACUUGAACGACUUGAACGGGAAAGGCAAGAAAGAGAACGACAAGAACAGUUGGAAAGGGAACAAUUGGAAUGGGAAAGAGAGAGAAGAAUUUCAAAUGCUGCUCCAUCUUUCGACAGCUCCCCGUAUAGCACUCCACUUCCUGAAUACUCCAGUUGCCAGCCUCCUUCAGCACCUCCUCCAUCAUAUGCAAAAGCAGUCUCAGCACCAAUGUCAGAGGCCACACCGGAAUACGCUGUAGUGACUUCUGCACCACCGACUUCCACUCCCCCUACACCGCCUCUAAGGCACUCUGCAUCACGUUUUGCUACAUCUUUAGGCUCAGCUUUCCACCCUGUUCUCCCCCAUUAUGCUACAGUUCCUCGUCCACUCAACAAAAGUUCUCGGCCCCCUUCUCCUGUCAAUGCCCCGGCGACUUUGCCUCCAAAUACAAAGCCUGUUGCCUGGUCCGCGCCCAGUUUUGCCCCCCUUCCCCCAUCUCCUCCAGUAAUGAUAAGCAGUCCACCAGGCAAAGCUACUGGUCCGAGACCUGUCCUACCAGUGUCAGCUUCUAAUCCAGCGACCCAAAUGUCCACGUCUCCCACGGCUCCUAAUGGGCUUCCUGAAAACCUGGCUUACCCGGUUCCUUCACCUUCUACCUCAGGUCCAACUCCUCCUCCGCCACCUCCUCCCCCCCCGCUGCCUUCCUUUCCGCCUCUGUCACUCUCUGGACCUCAAGCUUCUUCUCCCAACUCCCCGAAUGCCUCGACUCCCUCAUCCAAGCCUAGUGUUCUCCCUUCUCCCUCUGCAGCUACCCCUGCCUCUGUUGAGAACUCUCUAAACUCUGUGCUGGGAGACUCCUCUGCUUCUGAGCCAGUCUUGCAGGCAGCCUCUCAGCCGAUUGAACCUACGACCCAGCAGGGUGUUGUCCAAGGACCACCUGCACCUCCUCCCCCACCACCCCUACUCUCUGGCCCAGCUCAGUCUUCAGUAGCAGCCCCACCUCCUCCUGGCCCACCACCACCACCUCCACUUCCACCUUCAGGGCCUCCACCACCACCACCUCCUCCUCCUCCUCCACUUCCUAGCCAAGUUCCUCCCGUUCCCCUUCCACCUCCUGCUCCCCCUCUCCCCACCUCUGGAUUUUCAGUGGGAUUUGUGUCUGAAGAAAAUCGCCCUUUAACUGGACUAGCGGCUGCACUUGCUGGAGCCAAACUUAGGAAAGUCUCACGGGGUGAAGACUCCUCCAGUACAAGUGGAGGAGGAGGCGGCUCUGCUUCAUCUAAAACAGAUAGUAGUCGUGGAAAUGGACCACUUCCCUUGGGAGGCAGUGGGUUGAUGGAAGAAAUGAGUGCCCUGCUGGCCAGGAGGAGAAGAAUUGCUGAAAAGGGAUCAACAGAACCAGAGCAGAAAGAAGAUAAAACUGAAGAAUCAGAGUCUUCAGCUUCUAAGGUUUCUUCAACAAGCACACCUGAACUAACAAGAAAGCCUUGGGAAAGAACAAAUACAGUGAAUGGAAGCAAGUCACCUGUUAUCUCCAGACGGGAAUCUCCGUGGAAAAAUCUACUUGCAUCUGAAAACAGGUUCUAUGAUUCAUUAAACAG